AUGCAGAAGUGGGGAUCAGAAGAGUGUAAUUUUUUUUUUUUUUUUGCAUUUUGUUUGUUGUUAUUUUUUUUUCUUUUGAAUUUAUUUCUCCUUGGUUUUCCUUUAUUAUUAAUUUCUUUUUCCCUUUCUUUUUCCCUUUCUUUUUCAAUUUUAUACAUCUUUCUUUUUUCAUUUCUUUCUCUUUCUUUCUUUCUUGUUUCUUUAGUUUCCUUCUUUUUCUUAUCAUUCUUUUUCUUUCUUUUUAUUGUGUCUCUUCUUUUUUUCAACAUUGUUUCUAAUCCUUUCCUUCUUUUCUUUCUUCUUUUUAAUUUCUUCUUUUCUACUGUUUUCUUCUUUAGAUCAUUCUCUUUUUUCUUUCUAUUUUAUUUCCUUCUUUCAUCUAUUUUAUUGAUUUCUUUUCCCUUAUUUCUAUCUUUUUUCUAUCAUUCGGUUUUUUCUUUCUAUUUUCUUCUAUUUUCUUUCAUUUUUAAUGCUUUCUUUCUUUCUGUCACUAUUUGCCUUUUAUGUACCUUCUUUCUUUCUAUUUUUUCUUCUCCUCUAUCAUUCAUUAUCUCCCUCUCUUUCUUUCUCUCUUAUUUCUUUGCCAUUUUUUCUUUCUCAUUCUUUCAUCUUAUCUUUUUUUCCAUCCCAAACAGUCCCUUUUUAUUCCUUUUUAUUUUUGUAUAUUUUUCUUUUUUCCUUCUUUUUCUGUCUUUCUUUCUUCUCAUUCUUCCUUUCACUUCCCUGCUUUGCUUUUACCCUUUCUUUUUUCCUUUUUUCUUCCUUUCUUGUUCUUUCUUCAUUCUUUUCCCAACGUCCAAUUACCUAUUACUGAUAUCUCACUCACCCUUCUCUUCCCCUAUCUCUCUCUCUCUCUUGACCUUAACUUUAUUUAUUUCAUACCAACAAAAUUUCUUCUCUCUCUUUUUUCUCUUUUCACCUAAUCACUCAACUUUUUCUUUGUUUCAUUGUUUCUUUUUCUUUUUCAUAUCUUUCUUUCUUUUUCUUUUCUUUCUUUCUUUUUCUUUUCUUUCUUUCCUUCCUUCAUUCUUAGUAAAAGAUCUAUCUAUCUAUCUAUCUAUCUAUCUAUCUAUCUAUCUAUCUAUAUAUGAAUGA